AUGGCAGCAGCUAUAAGUGAAUGGCCACCAGCUGCAGGUGAAUGGCCUUCUAAUGUCGAAGAAAUUCUAGAAAAGGCCAAGCGAGCUGUUUCAGAUGUUGAAGUGAGAGUAAGCAUGCGUGUGCCCAAGGCCCUGGUGAAUAGCAAGGCAGAGGCAUACAAUCCUCAACUAGUGUCGCUGGGUCCUUACCACCAUUUCUGGUCCAAAGAUAAAUCCUUGGAGCCUGCCCACCAUCUUUCACAGUUAGAACUUUACAAGCUCAAGAAAGCAACUGAGAGAGAUCCUGAUUUCAUCAAGCGCUUGUUCACAAAAAUAUCCGAGGACCCCAUGAUAUUUGUGUUUGAGCAAAUUUACCAGCGGAACAUUGAGGAGAAGGACAUUCCAGAGUUUACAUGGAUGAUGGCGUUAGAUGCCCUGUUCCUUUCCAACUUUCUCUGUGCAUUCACCAGCCACAGUAUCAUGCCUGCAAAGGAAAGCUUAGUGUUGUGUGACAUUGUGAAGCUGGAAAAUCAGAUCCCGAUUUUCCUUCUCACACAAGUGGAAUUAGAUGCAUCUGUUAUCAAAUCUCAAAUUUGUAGUCUGUGUAGGGCUUGUUUCCAGGUGGGUAAUCCAAAUAUCAAGAUAGAGAAUGAAAAGCAUCUGCUAGCCCAUAUGCACAAAUGUAUCUCGUCCAUCCUUCAACUCCAACCUGAGAUCGUGGCAGAAGAGCGGACUUCGCGGCAGCGAGUUUUGAGUGGGAUAGACACCAUAGUUUCAGCAGUGUUGGGUGCGUUUUUCUCUCAUCAUCAGGAUUUUCUUUACAAAUACAACGCAAAGGAGCUGCGCAGGGGUGGUAUUAAAUUUCGAUCAUCUGGGGAGUCGAGUAAGAUCAGAUUUUGUAAGACCUCAGACACGCUUUAUCUUCCUCCAAUCAGAAUUCUAGAGCAUUAUAGUGAAGUGGUGCUGAGGAAUUUGCUGGCGUUGGAGUUCAAUGACUACUCCGGUCAGCAGAAAAACGUGACGAACUACGUGGAAUUGAUGGACUGCCUCAUCGACACCCCUGAAGACGUCGCCUUGCUCCGAAAAAGUCACGUCAUUUAUCGGCAGAGCACGAUGAUCACUGAUGAGUACGUGGCAAGAAUGUGGGACGGCAUGUCUAAUCCUGUGUGUCUUACAACAGGCUUUCUGGAUGCUCCUGGCGGCUUGAAAGCUCAAAUCAAAGAAGCGCUCACCAAGAACUACUACAGAAGCCUUAUUAGGGGUUGCUGGGACGAAUUCCGUACGGAGUAUUUCCCAAGUCCAUGGAAAUUGGCAGCGUUAAUGGUAGGAGUUUUUGUGCUCCUCUUGACUAUGGUGCAGACAUUCUGCUCUCUCAAGUAUUGUCAACGGACAGAGGCAGCCGCAAGUGCAACCAUUUCAGCCGCUUUGGGUAUGUGCGAAAACUGA